UACUCCUGCUUUAAAACCUCCGGCUCCCACAGCCUCAAGUCAAACACGAGCCGAGACAGUGACGCAGAGAGAAGCAUCUGAUCAGUGCGAGAGAGAAAACACUCGAAAUCUCUGUGGAUUACUACUGUCGUCAAAGAUCGCAAUUCACUGGAAUUAUAUAAUUUGGAGGAAAUUUCGAUUUUUGGAUUAUAAUAGGCUUUAAUUUAACGACAAACAUGACUCUGGAAGAACUUGUUGGAUGCAACAGCACUGAAAAAAAAAUGGAAACUGUGCGUGAAGCUCUCGAGGAGCUGCUUGUAGCUGCACAACGACAGAACUGCCUGACAGUAGGCGUCUACGAGUCUGCACAGCUCAUGAAUGUGGAUCCAGACAGCGUGGUCCUCUGCGUUUUGGCGACCGAUGAGGAGGACGAGAAUGAUGUUGCGCUUCAGAUCCACUUCACGCUCAUCCAGGCAUUCUGCUGCGACAUCGACAUCAACAUCGUGCGCGUCUCCGGCAUGAGGCGUUUAGCACAGGUUCUCGGGGAACCGCUCUCCACCGACAGCAACGCCAAUGAGCCAAGAGACCUCCACUGCAUACUUGUAACUAACCCACAAGCCGAACAUCUCAAGCUGAACGAAGUGGGGAGUUACUGCAAGGAAAGCCGUUGCAAGAACCAGUGGGUGCCCUCCAUUGCCCUGCAAGAGCGCUGAGGCGUUGUGCACUGAAAUGUGCUGCAGAGAACCGGAAUAUUGAUGCUGUCCUUCAACCGUCAUGAGGACAUACUCAUCAAUUCAAGGGGACUGUCUAAUAGUCCAUUAUGGAGCUUCCACCUCCAUGUUUAUGGAAUUCUAAGUGUCAGAGGAUACUAGAGACAUUCGUCCACGUUCCUCAUAGUGCAUUAUUGAUGUCGUCGCCCUUCGGAGGGACCAGAGGAGUCCCAGGGUGGUCGGUGGACUGUGUUGUACCUCUUAAGGGGUGCAGAAAGGAUGCUAUGGGGAUCUGGAUGGUGGCAUAUGGAAGCACAUUGCUUUCACUCCACGUGGUGGGAGAAUGAAUAACACAUGACUCAGACCUGACAAUAUUGUGAUGGGUCUACAGAGGGGAAAGAACCUCUGCCUUAAAAAGAGACUGCUAUUUAAGGACUGAAUUUGUCUUCAUUUUUAUUUAUGCCUUAACGCUGAUGUCAUUCAGAAAAAAUAUAUAUAUAUUUGGUUAUUUAUAAAUUUACAAAUGAUAACUUUUUUCUUAUGAAAUAAAAGUUAUGCUUAAUGAUUUAAAAUGAA